AUGGCCAACUACGAGUUGCCCACCAAUCUGAUCUUAUCCGAGCUCCAGGGCAUUCUUGCUGGUGCUCCAAUCACAUUUCAGCCGUCCAAUCCAUCUUUGUCAAACUAUAUCAGGCUUGCUUCCGAACUCCAGGAACCUGCAACGUCCAACAUCGGUAAAUGCAUAGCUAUGAGGGAUCCGGAAUACUGGAUUCGGACCGGGGAAACUUUCGUAAUUGUUGCGUGUAUUUUUCGGGAGGACGAACUUCCCCAGAACCGUGUCAAGGAUAGAAUUCGUGUAGUCGAAAUGAUGACCCAUGCAGCGUCGAUAUUGUUCUUUCUCACCGUUGCGUCACUUCGGGCGUCUGAUCGACUGGUACUUCGGCCCCACGCCCGUGCUGGAACGUGUCGGGCUCGAUCCGCUCGGCAUUGCGCGAGACUUACUGAGAAGCUUCCUGGCCCGGUCUCUUCUCAAAUAAGAUGA